UUUUUUUUUUUAUUAUAGACUGACAUCACACUGGAGGCGAGCUCACAGAGGCUCCAUUAUCAUCACCGCCGCCGUUCCGAGUGCGCGUUAUUGCCGCUCCAAAAUAGCAGAGGAAAUUAGUAGAAGGGCGAAAAAAACGGGAGGAAACUGAUGCUUUUUUGGUAUGGAUAGGAGGAGAUGAGAAAAGAGAGGAGGGGCAGAAGAGAGAGAGAGAGAGAGAGAGAGAGAGAGAGAGAGAGAGAGAGAGAGAGAGAGAAAGUGGGUGGGAGGACCGACUCGACCUCGCUGAAGAGAGCCUUCGUAUCAAUUAAUAAUGAUAAAAAAGAGCUGGUGAAAAGCACGCUGGCAUGGCUGAAUGGAGGCUGGCACUCGGGACGUCAGAUAUGACUGCAGCAGCCUGCUGACAUGAUCAUUGAGGCAGACUCGGAUGGGAUGGCAGCAGACAUCGGGCAUGCAGGCAGUAAGGGCUUCGGCCGCCGUGUGUCGUCACUUCACUGUAAGAGUUCACCAAAGGGGUGGCGGACUGAAGACGAUGCUGGAUGCCAUGGAAGUACCAAGUCACGCUCGGGAUCUCCUCCUGCAGCUCAACAGCCAGCGCACCAAAGGAUUCCUUUGCGAUGUCAUCAUUGUGGUGCAGAACGCCCUCUUCCGGGCACACAAGAACAUUCUGGCGGCCAGCAGCCUCUACUUGAAGUCCUUGGUGGUUCACGACAAUCUCAUCAACCUUGACCAUGAGAUGGUGAGUCCCGGGGUCUUCCGGGUCAUUCUGGACUACAUCUACACGGGCCGCCUCACCGAGGGGGACCCUGCUUCUCCCACCGAGCCCAACCUGGGUGCUGUUUUGGCUGCGGCAAGCUACCUGCAGCUGCUUGACUUAGUAGCUCUGUGCAAAAAGAAACUUAAAAGAAAUGGCAAGUACCAAACUCGCACCACCCCCGCCUUCCUGCCUUACGCAAAGAUGGGCGGUAUGGGGCUAGGUAGCGGAGGCCGCUACAGGGUUUCCACUCCUGUCAUCCAGCCGUGUCCUCCCGGGGGGAUGAUGAACAGCCACGCGCCGCGGCCUCCGCCGUUGGAGGAGCUGGUUCCCCAUCGGCUCGCCAUCCAUACCGGCGAGCUGUACGCCCCCACCUCCACCCAAGGCCCCCAGGCCUUUCCGUCCAUUCAGUCGGUGCUGCCAGCUCAGCUUGGCCUACGUUCGGCGCUUCCGGAGAGGAACUGCUCCCCAAACUAUGGCCUGGACCUCUCCAAGAAGAGUCCCAACUCUCAAUCUCAGCACACCCCCUCCCAGUCCCAUGUGGUCAGCACCCACAACGACGAGGAGCGAGACGGGACCCCGAGCGGCCACGCCAGUCCCACGCAGGGAGCCAACGGCAGGGCCUUCCCAUCCGAAAAAAUGGAGACGGCGGAUCAGACGAGUACUCUCACUCCACCGCCGUUUCCACACAACCAACCGCUCGGCCCCCACCUGCCCCACCUCCAUCGCUCGGGAUCGCAGGGCACCGACCGCUUCCCGUGCCCUCCGAGCCCGGACACCCUCACAGAAGUCGGGGAGGCCGGAAGAGAAGUAGGCAACAUCUACCGCUGGGUGAAACACGAGCCGCUGCCGUACGCGGCCGAGGCUGAGGACGAGGAUGAAGACGAGGAUGAGGAGGAAGGGGGCGAAAACGGAGAACGGCGGCACAACCACCACAAGGAGGAAAGCGAGGGGCCGGACGACAAGAGCGGCUCCGGCACUGAGGAGACGGGCAGUAGCGAGGGUCGCCCGUCGCCUUCCGGACCCAUGGGGAGGUUCCAUGUUCCAUACGAGCCGGAGAGUUACGGGGACAAUCUGUACGUGUGCAUCCCCUGCGACAAGGGCUUCCCGAGCUCAGAGCAGCUCAACGCGCAUGUGGAGACUCACACGGAGGAAGAGCUUUACGGCAACUCGGGCGGCGAGCUGGGAAACGGCAACAGCGGCAAGAAUAUCAGCAGCAGCACCAACGGCUACGGCGGGUUGACCGGCGGCUCCGCCCUGAGCAGUCUCUCCCAUCUGGAGACAAAGUCCAACCAGGUUUUGGCUCCGGGGACCAUCGGGGAGAUGAUCCGCCCGUACCGCUGCUCCUCCUGCGAUAAGUCCUACAAGGAUCCGGCAACUCUGCGGCAGCACGAAAAGACCCACUGGCUCACCCGGCCCUACCCGUGCAGCAUCUGCGGCAAGAAGUUCACGCAACGCGGCACCAUGACGCGCCACAUGCGCAGCCACCUGGGCCUCAAGCCCUUCGCCUGCGACUCUUGCGGCAUGCGCUUCACCCGCCAGUACCGCCUCACCGAGCACAUGCGCAUCCACUCCGGGGAGAAGCCAUACGAGUGCCAAGUGUGCGGCGGAAAGUUCGCCCAGCAGCGCAACCUGAUCAGUCACAUGAAGAUGCACAGCGGCGGGGGAGCGGCCGGCGGCCUGACCGCCGAAGGCAAGCUGAAGCUGGACUUUGCCGAGGGCAUCUACCCCCUGAGCAAGUACACGGCUGAACAUCUGGGGCUCAAGCAGGAGAAGGCCAACGAGCUCCUCCUCCAGGCGCAGCAGCAGCUGGUGGCCGACGCGAAGGUCAUGGAGAGUCUCUACCCGCUUUCCAAACUGGCGUCGGAGCACCUGGGGGCUCUGGGCCACGACAAGAUGGACAUCCUGUGCCAAGCCCUGCCCCCGCCCCAGCAGGCCCUCUCCGAGGCCCGCACCAUUGACCGCUACUCGCCCAGCUAAAGACCAGCGAUCACCACAGCCACACGCAGUAUUCUGACGCCGUUCACCUCAAGUAAAUAACCCCUCUGCACCUCAGACUGUGGCGACUGUAAGUGCCUUUCUAUGCGUCUAAUCUUUGAAGCCUCCUACCGGAAGGAGCACUGUGCUAUCUAUCCUGUGACCAAGGGACACUUGCUUGAGAGCAGUAUUUAUGUGUGUGUAUGCAAAAAAAAAAAAAUACCACCAAAAACAAUUCAGCCAUUGAGCCAAAGCAUAAAAAAAAUUUCUGAAAAUGCUUAUUUAUUUUUUCUAUUAUGAUGAAACCCAAAGAGAAGCUUCAACCCUUCAACCUGUGUUAUGAGAAGCAAAUGGACAAGAUUCAGGGUUUGUGUCCAGAUCAUCUGGGCUUUUAGAACAUUGGGAGUUUUUCUUUUUUGAAUUUCCUACUCUGGAGUCACUGAUGGCAUAGUGGUACACUCGCAUGUCGUAGGUUCAGUUCCCGCUCGCUGACUGUGUGAAUGUGGUUUGGAGUUGGGGUCAGGGGCGGAGCUAGCUGGUGCCCAGCGCUCGCUCUCUGGCACCCCCCACAUCAAGAGGAAGAUUUUGGUAUCUGUGAUUUUCCUGCCAUUUUCACACAGGUGCACUUUUCUUAGAUUCCUUAAAGCUGACACAAUACAUUUAUAUUAAUUGCAUAUUUUAAAGAUUAGACGUACAAUUGAUCUUUGGUUCGGAACAUUAUAUCCCGACUGUCAACAACACUCAAAAUCAUUACUUUUCCAACACACCAAAUAACCAACAUGGACGAGAACUCAAUUGUUUAUCAUGCGAUCCACCGUCAGGUUUCACGAAAUAAACUGCACGCGUGUAUUAAACUGACAACAAACCUGAAAGUGAAAAGUAACUCUUAAGAAUUGUGAAGAAUUAAGAGACAUUUGUGUCCUUGUGUUUUUUUUUUUUUUUAGAAAUGAUUUGAAUGAACGAGCCAUCGAUCGCGGUAUGCAAAAUGGCCGUUGAUGACAAUUGCUCACUCUUAUUUGCUGUUAGCUAGUGAUUCCGAGCAUGACAUACAAGUUCACUGUGAGAUAGUACGCAAAAGCAUCGCAACGGCAAAGAAAAUGGCAUGACCUCGUCAAUUAAGCGCAUCAAAACAUAACUUUUCCCUGCUUGCAUUCUGAGUGUGUUGGGCAGGGUUCUCUACAUUUGUGCAGUUUAUAUCAUGAAACCCGGACUGUGGAUGGUAUGACGAACAAUGACUUCUCAGUUCCAGAGCCUGACAAGAAUGUAUGCACACGUGUGCAUAUCACUGUAGCCACACCACUGAAAAACUUAUUGCUAUGCCAUUGAUUAGCGACUGUGAAUGGUUGUCUGUUUUUAUACAUGCCCUUUAAUCGACUGGCAACACAAAAAUACCUGUCCGUCAACGAGGGUGUCGCCCUCGGACUAAUCGCUCCAUUCGAAGUUGAUUAAUUGCACGGAGCCAAUCAGGGAUUUGACCCCAGUCCCGCUGUCACGUCCGUGAAGCCCAGCUACCGUUGACAUGCCAACGUGAGUGUUAAACACACACGCGCCUUAUCUCCCCGCCCCUCCCCACUCUAUUUCACACACACUUAGCGAAGCUGCUAAUCUGUCAGCGAUGCGAGCACGAGGCCCCCUGGUUGUAGGCCGGCCCAGCUGUUGGGCGCCAGUAAUCCCUGUGAAAUCUCGCUUUCUCCAGGACAAUUCGCACACACCACGUACCCAUUUCAUGGCUGCCAUCCCCUCAGCGCGACUUACUAACAUCUGAAGCCUCGAAUUACCUCCCUACCGCUCCUCCCUUUCGUCCCCAUGCUGAUACCAAAGCCACAAAAAAA